AUGUCACAACCUGAAGCCUCCUUCGAUCUUUCCUUCGCAGCACAGACAACGGACCCCCAGAGGGACGAUAUCAAGGCUCUCAAUAAGCGUUUACAAUGGCAGCUCGACAACCCUGAACGAGGACUACGAUUUGUCAAACUAGACGUACGAACUCUACGUCUUAUCGCCCUCGUUGAUGCUUCAUUCGCCAACAACAAGGAUUUGUCUUCACAACUCGGCUACGUUAUCGUAUUAGCAGACGAAGCAAACAACGCGAAUAUCCUCCACUGGUCCUCUACGAAGUGCAAGAGGAUAACGCGAAGCGUACUCGGCUCCGAAACGUACGCACUAGCCAAUGGAUUUGAUGCCGCAGCUGCAAUCAAGUCAACUCUCACGCAGCUACUCCACCUUACCGAACCACUACCUCUCAUUGUUUGCACCGAUUCAAAGAGCUUGUACGAAUGCCUCGUCAAGCUUGGGACGACACAGGAAAAACGCCUCAUGAUUGACCUCAUGUGUCUACGCCAAUCAUACGAACGUCAAGAGAUCUCAGAGGUCAGAUGGAUUGACGGCAACAGCAACCCAGCUGAUGCCAUGACAAAAGGCAAGCCAUGCCACGCUUUGCAAGAGCUUAUUGAUACGAACAAGCUACGUAUCAACGUUAACAGCUGGGUGGAAAGGACAGCUACGACACGCAGCCCUGAACCUAAGGCUGUAAGAUUUGCUACACCAUUGGAGUCCCCGGACCAGUAG